AUGCAUCGUUCCAAGCGGUUUCGCCCCGGGCUACGCCAUCGCAGAUGUUGGCGGUGCUCAUGGACCUCGCUGCUCCUCACCCUUUUCUUUCUUGUGCUUAACAGCCUUGUUUGGCUGUAUGGGUUUCGACGGAUCCCAUCUCUUACCCCGUUCCCUUUUCCCACCGACCGAGAGGAGCCUGCAGUUGUGGGGCCGGGGGCUAAAGAGCCCCGGCGCGCUGGUCACAAUUCAUCACAGGCACCAAAUUUCGUCCUUUCUGGCUCUGAUAAUGAAAGACACGAAAACAUCAUUUUGCCAAAAGGUUUUGGUCAUGAAAUAGAAUGCGUGACGAGCCAAAGGGAAAAUUCGUCGCUGUUGUAUGUUCGAUUUACAGAUCGGAAAAGAGUGUUGACACUUAAGGACAUUAUUAAGAAGGUGCAUCACAAUCUUAAUAAAAAUGAUUCUAAUAAUCAUUAUCAUGACGUAAAUGUAUCCAUUUGCCCUCCUUUACCAGAAGACGUGAAAAUCCCUAUCAAUGACUCUUUUGAGAUUGGAAUGAUUCGUGAAUUUGUGGGUGGUAUGUAUCAUCCCCUCUACUGCAAGCAAUGGAAACGGCAUAAUUCAAAUCGUACGGAAAAUGGAAAUAUUGAAAAGGAUGAAGUUGGCGGGGAAUAUGCGGCGUCCAUCUGUAGCGCAGAAACGCAGCACAAGUUGACUGAAGCAAUCAACCAUCCGCCCAAGUACGCGUAUGUCAUGAUGGUCUCAAAUCACCGUUAUUUGGAUGGUGCAAUCGUAUUAGCCGAUUCAAUCCGUGAACAUUCCUUACUUAGUCGUAACCAUGAAGCAGAUAUUGUUCUAAUAAUCAAUGAGAAUAUCAAGAAGGAAAUGUUUCCAUUACUUCAGGUUGUUUUUGAUCGCGUGCAGAUUUUUCGUGGAAUGCAAAAAUGGGCACCGAAAAGCAUUUUUAAGGCGACAUUUGACAAAAUGUAUCUUUACAUGCUAGAGGACUAUACGGGCGGGAUACUUUUCCUCGAUGCAGACAGUCUCAUUACGGAUAACCCAGACUUUCUUCUACAAAUGCAAGAAAAGAUAGCCGCAAUUGUGAAAUCUGAAGAUCCUGGCUAUUGGACCGCAGCACGCCGUGCGGCGCUCUCUUACCCAUUAAAAGAAUCCGAGUGGAAGAGGUUAAUGAGUACCCAGAAAAUGCCUUUUCUAUUUGCUGUUGGGGACGAGGAAUACUUUCAAACCGGUUUGAUGAUUCUUAGACCCUCGUUGAACAUGUUUCUUAAACUGUACUUGGAGUUUCGCCUCGGAAGUUACGGGUACAAUCGUGUAGGGGCGCGUGAUGGGGUUCUUUUCCGUACAUGUUUCACUACCAUUGGGGAGUUGGUGAGGCGUCCUCAUGGGGUGUAUCAUUUUACCGGGACUCCCAAGCCGUGGUUUAACCUGGAGCGUCUCGAUCAUACCCUACGGCCCAUUCAGGUCAAGAUGCGAAAACAACUGCCACUGUCCUGGAAAGAUUGCAAGCUUCGUUACGACUGGUGGACGCGGUAUGAAAGACUUCACUUGGAGCAUUUUCAGCGCAUUGAGCUAGAAACACGUGCUUGCUGUGGUCCCGCGCAGGAUGCAGAACUUAUUAGGUGGCGGAACAAAUAUGGUGACAAAAUAAGGCAGAUUCCAUCCGAUCUUCACAUAACAAAAUACGGUGGGGCCAUGUUGUUGCGAAAGCGCACGCGGGACCUACGACUCCCGCUGGGUAUAAAUUCAUUGAAGGAGGCUAUUCACGCUUCUCCAAAGUCUUACAUGUGGCUUAUGCGGUUUAGUAAGGAUGUUGAAUAUCUUCAUCCUGUACGAGAACAUAUGGCAAAGCUAAGGACAUAUGACGCUCCUCUGGCUUCUAUGCAUGAGUUGAACUCCCUUCUAUCCGCUUUCAACUCUUUCUCCACCACGAUGCACUAUCCGAAAAGAAUUGCAUAUGCAUUUGCAGCCCAUCCACACGGUAAAGAAGGGAACACGCAAGAUGGGUUGUGGUCUGACUGUGAUUUUCAAUGUGCCAGAUUGGGGUUGCGGUGUAAUGCAUCUUUGUUGAUUGAUACGCGAAUUGCGGACUGCCAGUACAGUGAACCUCCAAGUAGCAUGGCUAAUGGUCUCAUUCGUUGCAAGCGUUGCUUGUCUUACUACAAAGCUGGUGCCCCUUUUGUAAUUUUUAAAAAAAAUGAAAGGAAUACCUUGUGGAUACGGGAGGCUGAGGUUUGUUUUUUUAAUGCAUGGACACGCUUUGCAGUACCGAGUUGCAACGCGACCGAGCCACAAAUUUAUGAGUACGAAUUGCAACAUGGGGAGUUUUUGGCUCCCGUCUGUGCGUGCCAGUAG